GGAAGACAACUCCAGGUUUUGUUGUAAGGAAGACGUAGUUAUUUCCCCUUUUGGUUAAGAAGGCUUAACCAAAACAACUUUUGCUGUUUUUUUUUUGUAAGUUUUCGAUGUUAUGUAACGGACGAUCGGGUCCUGUUUAUCGCACAAAAAUGAUCACCAGAGCAAUCAAGGAUACUUUCUGUGCGAAUUUACUCUCUGUAUUGAGAAACAAUGAUCUAUUCGUGUUCAAGCGUUACCGGAGUAUGUUCGUUCCAAAAAGCAAGGCCGUGGAAAACCACCACCUCGACAUAAUCAGGAAUUUUCUGCAGAACAACAAAAGGAUCACCGUGUUGACGGGAGCAGGUGUCUCCACCGAAAGUGGAAUUCCUGAUUACCGAUCGGAGGAAGUCGGGAUGUACGCACGAAGCAACCAUACGCCUAUACGAUACCAAGAGUUCCUUAGAAAUACCGACCGGCGACAGAGGUAUUGGGCAAGGAACUUCGUUGCCUGGCCGCAGUUUUCUUCAUUCCAGCCAAAUACUGUUCAUUAUGUUCUAUCGUCCUGGGAAAAAUCUGGCCAGUUACACUGGUUGAUCACACAAAAUGUCGAUGCUUUGCAUUCAAAAGCUGGUACUAAACGAUUGACAGAACUGCACGGUUGUUCCCAUCGUGUCGAGUGUUUGUCUUGCCACAUGAAGAUGCCCCGGACCGAAAUGCAGGUACUUUUAACCAACUUGAACCCUGACUGGCACGCUGAGUCCAUUGAUAUUGCUCCAGAUGGAGACGUUCAGCUUGAUGAUGAACUAGUACAGACUUUCCAGAUUCCGCCAUGUCCAAAUUGUGGUGGUUUGUUGAAGCCAGAGGUCGUGUUUUUUGGUGACAAUGUAGAAAAGUCAAAGGUAGACUUUGUAUAUGACAAAAUCAGUGAAAGUGAUGCAUUGUUAAUACUUGGGACAUCACUUCAGGUUUAUUCUAGCUACAGAAUUCUCUUGGCUGCUCAUAAACAGAAAAAACAGAUCGGGGCAAUAAACAUCGGCCCAAUACGUGGCGGACAUUACCUCGACUUCCACAUAAAAGCUAAGUGUGGUGAUCUAUUCUUACUUCUUGGAUAGCAUUUCAAUAAUUUAAAGCGGAUAUUGGUAUUUAAGUGACUGAUUUUUUUAAAUUAUGAACUGUAUACUUGUAUAUUUAAAAAUAUGUUUUCCCAAUUAGUGAAAGUACCUAUCCUAACAUAAUAUUAUUAAUGAAAUAAUAAUAAUGUUAAUGAUGAUCAUUUAACCAAGAAUUCGUCAUUAUAUAGAGAGUACAUCACAAAAUCAGAUGUUGGCAGGGUAUAUAUAAAAAUAUACAGGUGGUAGAGUGUUUAGUGCAAGGAGAAGUUAUUUAUUAAAAUUGCCGUGAUUGGAAUGGAAGUAUAGCUUAGAGAAAUUCCACCUUUAGCAUUUAAACUGGCGAUAUCUGGCCCAAACAUUCUACCUGUUUUAUGUUCAAACUGGCCAGAUCCAGCCCCUCAUACUUAUGUUACCAUGUCAUUUUAGAAAUAAACAUUUACAUCAUCGAAAUCUCGAAGCUACAAGAUGAUGCAGGAUUAACUCAAAAGACUGUGAAUUAAUAAGUGUUACAUCAACAGAAUAAUCUGAAUGCUAAAGGGUUGAAUACCAUAUAACAACAGGAAAGGAAAACAGAAUGAAACUUUACAAAUUAA